GUAAUUGUCUGGGGGUAAGUGCUGCAUUUUAAUAAGGUGACGUCGCGUGCAGUCUGGGUGCAGGGUGCAAGCGGCGGGCGAGUGUGCGUCGGCGGCGGGCGCGGGGCGAGGAGUCCACCUGGGCGGCGGCCCACGUGCCCGGGCCGGGUCCGCUCGCUCGCUGCUCAGUCGCUAGCGAGCCUUCCUCGAGCGAACAGCGCGUGCCGCCGUCACCCCCGCGCAGCGACAGGUGGCGCCGACGCCCGACGCCCGCAGGCCGCCGGCAACCCCCGCUGACUUCAUCCCCCUACCCCGACACCAUGAAACUUUAAUGAAACAUUUGCUAAACAAAUCACGGUGUGGUGCUUCGGCGGACAUAGACAACAGUUUACUAGUGGUGAUUGUUUUCACAUUCAAGGAUCCUUUGAAAAUGAGAAGCUGUUAGAUCAAACGCCGGUACUGAGAACGAUACGGCAGGGGCAAGAAGUCGCGGCGUGUGCGUGCCAUGGUCGCGCGGACGCGAUGACGCGCACUGCCCGCGGCAUGCCCCGCUGACAUGGCAUUCAGCCGCUUCGCGCUACUGACGUUGGCAACUCUUGCAGCAAUCGGGUGUUGUGUGUGCGCGCCGCAGGGCAGCGCGCAAGGCGGUGUGCAAGGCGGCGCGCAGGUACCGCCGGGCGUGCCGCACUCCACCGCGCCGCCCGGCCACGGCGGCGUCCGCAGAUUCAGUCAGUAUUCCAGAGGGCGUGGAUAUCGCGACUGGCGCACUCGUGGAGACCCCACGCUCAUCAACUCACUCUGGCGCAGUCGGCAACCACUCGGUAUCCGGAAACAACUUGGGAACGCGGAAGUGUACAUAGUGCUGGCCCUACUGAUCGGGUUUGUGACGGUUGUGGUGGGGUGCUGGCUGUCGGACAACUGCUGGUCGCCGGAGCCGGAGGACAUCCUGGCGGGCGGCUGACCCGUGGCGGCGGGC